AGCCGUUAUUGCUCUCUUCAUGUUGCGUACUACGCCCCUUGUUGAUGAAAACGACAGUAAUCAGCUGUACAAUUAAAACAUUUUUUUAACACGUGUGAAAAAAAAUAAGGAGCCAGGACGCUUUAUUUAAAAGCUACUGUAACUGGCUAAAACCAUGCAAAAGUAUGAGAAGUUGGAGAAGAUAGGAGAGGGUACCUAUGGGACCGUUUUCAAGGCUAAAAACAGAGAGACACAUGAGAUUGUGGCCCUCAAACGAGUGAGACUGGACGAUGACGAUGAGGGGGUUCCGAGUUCAGCAUUACGAGAAAUUUGCCUCCUGAAAGAACUGAAGCAUAAAAACAUUGUAAGGUUGCAUGACGUCCUUCACAGUGAUAAGAAGCUGACAUUAGUGUUCGAGUAUUGUGAUCAGGAUUUGAAGAAAUACUUUGACAGCUGUAAUGGCGACUUGGAUCCAGAGAUUGUCAAGUCUUUUAUGUACCAGUUAUUGAAGGGUCUUGCCUUCUGCCACAGCCGAAAUGUUCUCCACCGAGACCUUAAACCUCAAAAUCUGCUCAUCAACAGAAACGGUGAACUGAAGUUAGCUGACUUCGGCUUGGCCAGAGCUUUUGGAAUACCUGUACGCUGUUAUUCUGCUGAGGUGGUGACGUUAUGGUACAGGCCUCCGGACGUGCUGUUUGGUGCUAAGCUUUACUCUACCUCUAUUGACAUGUGGUCUGCAGGGUGUAUAUUUGCAGAAUUGGCAAAUGCAGGACGGCCCUUAUUUCCUGGUAAUGAUGUGGACGACCAACUAAAGAGGAUCUUUAGGUUGCUGGGAACACCGACAGAAGAACAGUGGCAGACUAUGAAUAAACUUCCAGAUUAUAAGCCGUACCCAAUGUAUCCAGCUACUACAUCACUUGUGAACGUCGUCCCGAAACUCAGCAGCUCUGGCAGAGACUUACUCCAGAAUCUUCUGAAAUGCAAUCCAGUUCAGCGAAUUUCGGCAGAGGAAGCCCUGCAGCACCCUUACUUUGCCGAUUUCUGCCCACCCUAAAUGUCAGAUCCCUGCAGCAUCAUUUAUGAACACAGAUGGGCCAGUCUUACCUCGUGAAACACCUUCAACACCUCCAGCGUUCAGUUAUCUUUCAGUUCGAGUUCGGAUCACGCUUGCUAUAUAUAGAAGGUUAGAGGGACCCUGAAACACUCCUCCCUCUAAAUGUUUAUUAUGUUUGAUAAUAUGGAUAUGAUUAUUAUAGUGACACUGUCUAAUGCAGAAAGUGGUGCUGUUAUCCUACAUAAACAUUUUUAUUAUAUUAGUGUGGUCUUAAAGGAACAGUUCACCCAAAACUUAACACUUGUGGGUGAGUUGACUGGAUUUUCAUUUUUGAGUGAGCUAUUGUUUAAACUUUCAAAAUGCUGAUCAUCAUUUGUAGUUACCAAAAUGUCAGACAUCCUGGCCCUACACGAUUCGUUUAGGUGCCAAAUGUGCUGCAUAGAUCUUUAAUGGUUUACAAAAUGCUGCCGUGAAGACUACUUUUUUUUUUUUUCAUUUGUCAAAGAUCAAAUGAGCAGUGUAAUUUAAUAAGGUACAGCGCACGUACUUGAUUUAGCUUAUGUUACAAUAUGUAGUAUUUUUUUAAAAAAGUUACUUUUCCACUUAUGUUUUGUGUUGUACGUUUCAGGAAGGAUAUGGGGAAAAAAUGUGGAGUUAUUCUGCAACUGUCAUUUUGCCAUUUUGUAUGAAUGAGAUUUUAGCAGGAAUUUUAAACAGGUCUGUUAAGUGUUUUCUUAUUAGUUUUGGUUUCGUUUUUUUUUUUUUUCCUCAAAUAAUUUCGGCAGAUCUUGUAGUAUUGCAAACUGACUUUUUUAAUAGAGUACACUGCUUGGACAGUUUCAAAUGAAUAUGGAUUGUGUUCACUUCGCUUUACUGCUGUAUAUGAAAGGAA